CUGUAACUGUUGGUAGUGGCUCACAGCAGCACCCCGGACCCUCAAUGCCCACCAUUGUGUAUGAUAAACAAAAUUCCUAGAUCGUGAAUAAACUAAAGAGGAAGGGGCAGUUACGGUAAUCUAUUCCUCACAAUGGGCAGCCAAAAUUUGAGCAACCACCACCGCCGAGGAGAUGGCUUCAUUCCGAUCUAUCCGUUUUAGCUCCCCACCAUUGCAGCGUAUCAACACAGCUGCACUUUUCUUCCCCAAUUGCCCUAGGAGACUCCCCAAAUUCCUCGCCUCGUCACUCCCAACAUCACCAUCGUACAUAUCAUCAUCGUUAUCCAUGGAAACCCCUCUAGAAGGCUACAGAAGAAACGUAGGAAUUUGUCUCAUUAGCCCCUCCAAACGGAUUUUUGCUGCUUCGAGACUCGAUAUACCAGAUGCCUGGCAAAUGCCUCAGGGCGGUAUCGAUGAGAGUGAGAAUCCUAGAAGUGCUGCCAUAAGGGAAUUAAGAGAAGAAACUGGAAUUACGUCUGCCGAAAUUGUUGAUGAGGUUCCGUAUUGGUUGACAUAUGAUUUCCCACCAGUUGUCAGGGAAAAACUAAAGCAGCAAUGGGGUUCCGACUGGAAAGCUAGGUACACUAAGGCACCAAUCAACUGCCAGGCUAUUGACAUGGUUCAUAUUAUAUAUUCUAAAUUGAUAAUUUCUAUUAAAUCCAGACUAGGGAAACUAAAUAGCCCUGUGGAAAACUCGAAUGAGUGUGCUAUGGAGACUUUCUGUGAUCACAAACGUAUGUUUCUCCUGAAAUUUACUGGAAAGGACGAAGAGAUCAACCUUCUGGGUGACGGGACAGAAAAGCCCGAGUUUGGACAGUGGUCGUGGAUGUCGCCUCAAGAAAUAGUUGACCAUGCAGUGGAUUUCAAGAAGCCUGUCUACUUAGAAGUUUUGAAAGUUUUCUCCUCACAUCUUGACUAGGUUAUUGAAUUUAUGCCGUGUGUCUCGGAGGAGACCCAUUGAUUUUUCUUCAGGUUGCGAGGUCAUUGUAUUUUGUCUAACAUGGUACUUUGAGUAUCACUUCAUAUCAAGUAUUGGGUGCUUAUUUUCAUUCUUCACUAUGAAAUGCUUGUUCAUUUCAAUAUGCAAUAGUGAAGAAAAUCUCUACAAAACCGGUUAAGUUCAAUUAAAACUCCAUAUCUUUAUAUUAUACUAUAAUAAAAAUAGAAGCCUUAUGUAUAGAGAUACCUCAAGGAG